AUGGCAUCACAGAUCGAAAAAUUGAAAUCAAAAGCUAAUGAUGCUUUUUCUGAAGAAAACUAUGAUGAAGCCAUUAACUUGUAUACACAAGCAAUAGCACUUGAUGGAAAUAAUCAUUACCUCUAUAGUAAUCGAUCAGCUGCUUACAUAAAAGCUUAUAAAUAUAAAGAAGCAUUGAAAGAUGCAGAACAAUGUCUUAAACUUAAAUCGGAUUUCGUUAAAGGUUACUCGCGGAAAGGCGCAGCAUUAUUACUUCUUAAAAGAUACAAAGAAGCAAUUAAUACUUAUGAGGAAGGUCUUAAAAUCGAUCCAAAUAAUGAAGUCUUAUUCAAUGAUCUUGAAACAGCACGAAAAGCGGCCACUAAAGGAUCAAAAACUGAUGUUAUUGUCGUAUGUUCCUCAUCGAAAUUUUUAUUUGAGAAAAUUUGUGAAGCUGGUGGAAAAUCUGUGUUAGCUUCCUACAAAUCACAGUUUAAAAAGUCUCCAAAUUCUGUCAUAUCUGUUCAAGCAGACGGAGAACUUGCAUCAAAAAAAAUUUAUUUUCUUUCGUGGACAGCUGAUGCUGAUACAUCGAUCCUUCGUGAAUCAAUUGAGAAAUUUGUUUCGGAUGCUUUUGAAAAAGCAGUAGAAGAGAAUCAACAAAGCAUAGCAUUUCCAGCUAUCGGUUGUGGUCAAUUCGGAUGUUCAAUCGAUAUUGUUGCACAGACAAUGAUUCGAGAAGCUCAUCGUAAACAACAAGAGCAUGACAUAUCUGUUACAUUUGUAAUACAACCAGAAAGAACUGAUAUUUAUAAUGAAUUUCAAAAUCAAAUUCAAUUAUUGGAAGCCGAAAUAUCACCGACUAAUUUGAAAACAAUGUCUGCAAUAGUUAAAAAAGGAGUAAUCGAAAUUGAACAAGGAAACAUAAUCAAACAGAAGGUAGACGUUAUUAUUGGUACGUCAUCAUCAGUGUUCUUAAGGCAAGCCAUAACAGAAGCAGCUGGAAGUGAAGUUGAAAAAGCUUAUAAGAAAGAAUUAAAAAGUCAUCCAAAUUCUACAUUAAUCGCAGUGUCUUCAGGCGCUUUAUCUUGCAAACAAAUAUUCUUUGUCCAAUGGGAACCUAAUGAUAAUGAAGAGAUACUUCGACAGUCCAUUAUUGAUCUUAUAUCUACUGUUGUACAGAACAUGAUAUCACAUAAAUUUACAUCGGUUGCAUUUCCAGCCAUUGGAUGUGGAUUACAUGGUUGCUCGACACAAAUUAGAGAUUUACCUUGGAAAAUAAAAUUUGUUGUCCAACCUGAUCAAGAGAAUAUUUAUGAUGAAUUUUGCAAAGUAUUAAUAACUCAUGAUGAUGUUCAUGAAUCAAAGAUUUCUCAAUUGCCACCAACAUGGAAGAAGUCGACCGAACAUAAAAUUCGAUUCAUAGUGUCCGCCACGACAGAUGAAUACCAAUGUAUUGUUUCGAACUUCGAUGUGACCAUGAAAGGAAAGUAUACAGAAAUAAUACAUAUUGAACGAAUUCAAAAUGAACGAUGGUAUAGGCAAUACAUCGCACACUAUGAAGAUUUCUUACGACGUCUUAAUGAGGAUACCGAAAAACGCUUAUAUCAUGGAUGUCCUGAACAAGCUGCUAGUUUAAUUAUGGAAGAUUGUUUUAAUAGAAGUUUUGCCGGAGUCAAUGGAACUGUUUAUGGUUUUGGUGUUUAUUUUUCAUCAAAUGCAUCUUAUAGUCAUGGAUAUACGCGUCCGAAUGCAAAUGGAGAACGAUGCAUAUUUAUAGCACGAGUUUUGGUAGGAAAAACUACCAAAGGAAAUAGUUCGAUGAAAACUCGACCACUUGGAUUCGAUUCUACCACUGAUGAGAAGCAUAUUUUCGUCACUUAUCAUGAUGCUCAAGCCUUUGCCGAAUAUCUGAUUACAUACAAGUAA